CGGUACUGCACAACUGUGAUCAUGGCUUUCAAGAUCUUCGCCGCCGCUUGCCUGCUGGCUGUUGCCGCUGCUGCCCCGCAGUACGCACCCAAGCCUUACGCCCCAGCCCCAGCUCCCUACGCACCUGCCCCCUACGCCCCCAAGCCCUACGCACCCAAGUACCCCGAGCCUGAGCCCGCCUACCCCAAGUACGCCUUCGAGUACGCCGUCCAUGACGACAGCACCUACGACAUCAAGAGCCAGAAGGAGGAGCGCGACGGAGACUACGUCAAGGGAGUCUACGAGCUGUACGAGCCCGACGGCACCAAGAGGAUCGUCACCUACGCCGACAACGGAUACGGUUUCGAGGCUGUUGUCACCAAGGAACCCGCCAAGGGCUACGCUCCCGCUCCAGCUUACGCCCCCAAGCCCGCUUACGCCCCAGCACCCGCCUACGCCCCAGCUCCUGCCUACCCCGCACCCAAGCCCUACGCUCCCGCACCAGCGUACCCUAAGCCCGCCUACCCCGCACCUGCGCCUUACAAGAAGUACUAAGGACUAUAGAAUAUUUAAAUUCUCCAUCUUCAUCUAUUUGUAAAUAUGACAUCUCAUUAGUUGUAUAUUUUUAUACCUGCCAAAUAAAAAGAGAAAACCUUAAAAUAUC